UAAACUAAAGAUCAGAGGGCCCAAAGGGUCUCCUUGUUGAAUACCCUCGUCAGAAGGAAUUGUAUAUUCCCCGAAUUUGAGAGGGGUUCUACAGCCAUAAGACUGUUCAAUAAAUCUUGCAUAAACUGGGAAUUUUUCAUAAAAAAUGUUUAAAAAUGUUUUUCUGGAUAAAGAAUUAAAAGCAUUUUUAGAGCUUACAGACUACGGCGUCUGGAGGAGGAUCUUCGAUAUAUAUGCGAAGAGAGUGAGCGGCUAUUUCGCAUCCCCCUUUAGUACCAAAGCCUAGUUGAUAUGUUUGGAACAUUUUUUUGAAGCAUCAGGUUUGAUGCGCUCAACGAUUAUCUUAGCUAAUAGUCUCCUAAAAAAAGACCCUAUUGCGAUUGGCCGAACUCCACCAUCAGGCUUAGUAAAAGCAAUUAAUCUUGCGCCAAAAAGGAUUUGGUGAAUUUGACUGUGGAUAUUUAAAUCAUACAAACAUACUAAUCAUAUGGAAGCCAAAGAGUUUACAAUUUUGAGUGGUAAUGCAGAUUCAGAAUUAACGAAUCUAGUGUGCAAUCGUUUAGGUAUAAAGCUUGGAAACUGUAUUGUGGUACAAAUGCCUAACAAAGAAACGGUAGUUGAUAUAGGAGAUUCAGUUAGAGGUAGAGAUGUUUUUAUAUUACAGACCAUAUCAAAAAAUGUCAAUAAUAGCUUAAUGGAUUUAUUGAUUUUAACUUAUGCAUGCAAAACAUCAUCUGCUAGACAAAUUAUAGGCGUUAUACCUUAUUUACCUUAUUGUAAACAAAGUAAAAUGAGAAAAAGGGGGUGUAUUGUCUCAAAACUAUUAGCGCAGAUGCUUUGCAAAGCUGGUAUGACUCAUGCCAUUACAAUAGAUUUGCAUCAAAAGGAAAUACAAGGAUUUUUUGAUAUACCUAUAGAUAAUUUGAGGGCCUCUCCUUUUCUGAUCCAUUAUAUUCAAACUGCGAUUCCGGAUUACCGUAACGCCGUCAUAGUGGCUAAAAACCCGGCCGGGGCAAAACGAGCCCAAAGUUACGCCGAACGUGUCCGCCUCUCUCUUGCGGUGAUUCAUGGUGAGCAACGGGAUCCGGAGGAGGACGAGAUGGACGGAAGACAGUCCCCGCCCCCACCAUUUUCUGGCCUCAUUCCCGGAAAUUUUGCGGCUAACGUUGGCGGAAAUGGUUCGAAGAAGUCAUCGAUUGAAAAGGAGGACUCGAAAGAUGCCAAGAACAAGCAGAAGAAGGAAAAGGAGAACGGAAAUGGUCUCGUUAAAAGUGAUCUAAAAGAUCCCAAGAAUAAAUUGGAAAGGGAAGAGGUUUCUAUUUCGAAAGCUAAAAAUUUGUCGCUCAACGCAGUCCACGAUAGGCCUCCCUCGAAGGACGCCGUCGAGACGAACGGUAAAGGCUCGGGGGAAGCCGCGAAAAGCAUGGGGAGCAUUCCCUACAGGUUCCGGGAAGAUAUCGAGGAAGCGGCGGAAAAGGAAAAGAGCUUCGAAACCAAUUACGACAUUUACGAUGACCGGCACUCCCAGGGGAACAUAUUUGAAAACCUUACACCGCUUUCUAACCAUGUCGACCCCGAGGAAUUAUCCAACAAACUGUUCAGGCGCAUAAACGAUGACGAUUUAUCGGGGGAAGAUGAAUUUCCCGGUUUCGAUGCCAACGAGACGGUGGGGGGAUACCCUCUAAAGCGUACCGCAUCUUCCGCGGCGUAUUCCGAUACCUCGCUAUUGGCCAGGAUGGAAGGCUCGAAAUCCGACUUUUUUGGCGGGUAUUACAUGCCCAUAAUGACACAAAAAGAAAAGCCACCCCUCACCGUCGUGGGCGAUGUUAACGGCAGGAUCGCCAUUUUAGUGGACGACAUUAUAGACGAACCAGAUAGCUUUAUCCACGCCGCCGAAAUUUUGAAGGAAAGGGGUGCUUGCAAAGUUUAUCUCAUGGCCACCCAUGGCCUAUUUUCUGGCAACGCUCCUAAGCUGCUUCAGGAAUCUCCUAUCGAUCAAAUAAUCGUUACGAAUACUAUACCCCACGAAAAUCAAAAAAUGCAAUGUUCAAAGAUAGAAACGAUCGAUAUCAGCGUUCUCAUAUCCGAGGCCAUCAGAAGAAUCCACUACCAAGAAUCGAUGUCCCACCUCUUCAGAAAUAUAUCAACAGCUGAUUAAUUUAUUUCCCGACCUCCCGACCCGACCCCUCAAAACUUUACCCGACACACAAAAAAAAAUACCUUUCUUCAUUAUUUUGAAGAUUAUUUUAUUACGGAUUUUACGUUCUACAUCUAAAAAACUAAUUUAUUUAUUCAUUUUUUUUCAAGUCCUUAAUUAUGAACGCGCGUCAGUUUUAAUGCGCACGCGCAGUUUAAAAAAAAUAAUAAUAAUUUCAAAAUAUAUACAAAUCCUUUUAAAUGCAAGCAAUUUAAAUUUAAAAUAACAUGAAAUAGACUUAAUUCAAGAUCAUAUACCCGUUUAUAUUAAAUAAAUUAUAUUAAUAUUACGAUAUCAACUGACUC